AUGUCAGUACAAUCACAGAUCAUCGAAGCGGCAGCCACACAGGACGAGCUUCUCAAAGUUCUGUCAGACACCGACCAUGCAUCUCCGGCACUAAAAGAGCAACUCAAGUUGGUCGAGGAUUUGAGAACUCACCUACGCAACUCCGACCACGCACUAAAGCAACUCAAGACCAAGCGCGAAUUAAACUUGAAGCAACACGAAAAGUAUCGAGACAGCCACGUCCGCCGGUUUAUGUACAAGGCAACCGGCAAUCGGGAGAAGUUCGCAGAAAAGGCCUCCAAUGGUGAGCAGGAGUACUUCGACGUACUUCAGCAAGCACAACAGGAGAAUAACCAGAACGCUGCUGUCAAGCAGCAACUUGAAGACGCCUCGAGAUCCCGAGACGAGCUCCAAUCGCUCUCAGAGGUGCACGACAAUGCGCAACGUCAACUGGAUGACAUUUAUGCCCGCAUUUUCAACGGACAGACAGAAGGCUUUCCCGAGGAAGAUGAGUGCGAGUCAAGGUGCAAUGGCAUGCUAGCGACGUACCGCGAGUGCAGGGGAAAAUGGGAGGCUGAAAAUUCAGCGAUGCAGGCCCUCUCCGCCGCAAUAAAGUCCAUGGACGAAUCGAUCAGGCACAUAAACUCAGCUCUGUCAUACUCCCGCUGGGACAUGUUCGGCGGCGGCACCAUGGCAGACGCAAUGGAACGCAAUGCGCUGGCAAAGAGUGAUCAUGCUGCGAUGCAGGCUCAAUUGCAGGUGUCCAAGGCGCAAAAGGCAUCGCCGUUUGUACAAAGCCUGCCCAAUUUCAAUAUAAAUCACGGGCACAUCUUUUCCGAUGUAUUUUUCGACAACAUCUUUACAGACAUGCGGUUCCAUGAGGAGAUUAAGAGGGCGGCGGGGGAGUUGCAGCGGGCGGAGGGCGCCGUGAAGAAUGAGUUGACAAAGACCAAAGAAAGGCAGAGUGCACUGGGGACAGAACUGAGUCAGAGGGAGAAUGAGUUGAAAAGAACAAGGGAAGAGUUGCAGAAGAUCCGGAGCGAGAUAUUCGAGAAGGUGUUGAAUGAAAGGGGUGAGAAGGGAGCAGAGAGCAAGGCGGUCGAGGUGUGA